AUUUUCUGGUAUUGCGCGCAAUACAUUAUUAACUGGACAACGACAUUUUUUACUCUUUCCGUGACCAAAAGUUCAAUUAACAUGGAAUGGAUUUUUGAAUAAUUUGGCCUCAGGUUUUCCCAUUACCAUGAGGUAGUGUAGAAACAGAGCGAUACCUAUUGGGAUGGACCCCUUUUAUACAGCAGUGAGUCUUUAUCGAAAACGCAACUUAAUUCAAUGUGCACAAGUGUGCACAGAUAUUUUACAAGAAAAUGGCCAGCACCAGGCGGCGUGGAUUCUGAAAGUGCGAGCCUUGACUCAGCGAGUGGCAUAUGAUGACACCGAGGUUUUGGAAAGUUUAGCCGAAGCCACUUCUGCCGAGAACCGAUGGACAAAAACCGCACCAAAUGGUACGUCUACGGUAACAUCUGUCAAAACAGCUAAACGGGACAAGAGCACAACUUCUGACAACAGACCCCCAACCCAAUCUCGACCUUUGAGUGGAGUGGUUCGUCUUAACCAUGGUGGGUUAGGAGGGUCGCAUGAUAUUAGUAAUAGCCAAGGUACAGCAAAAAGUCGAGCUCAAACGAGUCGAAUACUAAGUAGAUUAGGAACAGCUUCGUUGUCAACCGAGACUGAAUCAUUCAUCAACGUUGCGCGAAUAAAUCUAGCUCAAUAUGCGGCUUUAUCUCAACUGGCUAAGCCUCUUUUCGAAUAUCUCUACUUCGUGCAAGGAGAUGUCAAAAGCGCAUUGGAACUGGCAAAUCAAGCCCAGCAAAGCCUAUCUAUUCUUCAAUCGUACAGCAAAGAUGAGAAAAACCAUUUCUGGAAAUGUGCCAUUGCUAGGUGUUUGGUACGAUUAGGACUUGUUCGCCAAAUUGUUCAGACGACCUCGGAUUGGCAUAUCGAAAUGAAUAAUACAGACGGUGUGCUGCUAAUUGCAAAAUCUUACCUGAUCAUUGAUCAACCGAUGGCAGCCCUCGAGAUAUAUAAAAAGGGUUUGGAAAAAUUUCCUAAAGACACUGUCAUCCUAUCGGGAAUAGCUAGGAUAUACGAAGAUCUUCAAAAAUCGGAAGAUUCCGUUUCGACUUACAAGGAGAUCUUAAAUUACGACUGUAGCAACACCGAGGCAGUGGCAUGUAUUGCAGCAUACCUCUUCUAUACUGGGCAGCCGGAAUGGGCCCUUGUGCUUUACAGGCGACUUCUUCAAAUGGGAAUACAUACUGCAGAAGUGUUCUGCAAUAUUGCCUUAUGCUGUCUAAAAACACAACAGUUUGACAUGGUAAUUCCUUGCAUUGAAAAUGCCCUUAGUCUUGCAGUGAAAGAUGACUUGCACUUGCUGGCAAUGAUAUGGUACAACGCCGGCCACGUAGGUCUGGCGACGGGAGACUUGCAAUUAGCAGAGCUUUGUUGGAAACUGACCCGACGAAUUAACGCAUAUCAUUGUGAAGCCUGUAAUAAUUUGGCUGUCUUGGCUUUACUUGAUGGUCGGAAGCAAGAAGGAAAAGCACUGCUGCUUGCAUCUUUGUCAUUGUGUGAUGAUAUAGCUGAAGCAAAAUUUAAUCUUGAGCAACUAACAAACCAGGAUAAUGAGCCAGUAGAAUGCUUAAUAUAGAGCAUUAAAAAAAUUAGAGGUGAAAUACCAAAUUUAUGAAUGUUC